UGCUAACACCUUCCUCCAACCCAAUGGACUGGUUAAGCUGGACACCGAGCACUUCACCCCGAUCGAUGGCCAGUGCUUCUUUUGACGAUGCCUGGUUCAUGUUUCCAUUAGCUACGUCGUCAUCGUCGUCAUCGUCGUCGUCGUCCUCGAACAGUGCUGCUGCUGCUGCUGCUCAGAAUGCUUACAUGACGCCUUUGACCGUAGGCUAUCCUUCCCCUACCCUGUCGGACGGUGAUGGGAGAGUCUUUUCCGAAUCCAUGCACCCAUCAGCACCACCCCCCCUCCAGCGACACACCUCCGAGCCACCGCCUUGGCCUCGUUCGACCGCUGCUGCCGCCGUUGUCAUCACCACGCAACAUCACAGUGAUCGUGCUACGAGUGUAGUAUCCAAAAAACAACCCCCCACGCGCCGUCAUCGUCGUAGCGCGUCGGCGGCGAUCGUCGCUCAUACCUGUCCUCAUCCUGGCUGCGGCAAAUCCUUUACGCGUCCCUACAACUUGACAUCGCAUAUGCGCACCCAUACAGCAGAGCGCCCUUUUGCUUGCUCGCAAUGUGGACGACGAUUUGCACGACAACAUGAUCGAAAUCGACACGAAAAGUUACAUUGGGGCAUCAAACCCUAUGCCUGUAUGCAUUGUCGGAAACCUUUUGCUCGCAUGGAUGCUUUGAAUAGACAUUUAAAAGUAGACAAGGGUUGUUGUCCUUCCUCUUUCGCGUCCUGAGCCCUCGUCGACUGUCCUCCUUCGUUUCAUGGCCACAGUCACCACAGGAUGUCCUUUUCUCCAUUAUUUAUUGAUGUCUCCCCUUUCCCCACCCCCCUUUUUAGCUACAUCUCUACCUACAUACAUACAUGCAUGCAUUCAUUCUUUUUUUUUUUUUUUUUUCCUU